AUGUUUGUUGUUAGAAGAGUAGGAACAAAGGUUAACAGCCUCAAGUUGGCCAAGAAUGCCACCAAGACCUCGACCGCUUUUGUCACCAAGAGAGGUUACUUUAAGACUUCACCAGUCUCAUUAAAGUCUAUUGCCAACGAACAACAAUAUGUUGAGCAAUUCCAAAAGGACUUUGAUGCCAUCCCAGAAGACAAUGCUGAAGAAGUCGACUACGAAAAGCUCAAGGAUAACCAAGGUGUUGUCCAUCAAGUUAUCGGUGCCGUCGUUGAUGUCUACUUCCCACACGGAAAGUUGCCACUCAUCUAUGACUCUUUGAUUGUCGAAAACUUCAAGGCUGAAAACGUCGAAAAGGUUAUUGAAGACUUGAACAACCCAGCUUUGGAAGGAAAGUUGGAUCACUCUCAAGUUCCAAUCUCUGAAAUUAAGCUCGUACUAGAGGUUGCCCAACAUCUUGGUGACAACAUUGUGAGAUGCGUGGCUCUCGAAAUUACGGAUGGUCUUGCCCGUGGUACCACUGUUCUCAAUACUGGUGCUCCACUCAAGGUUCCAGUCGGUCGUCCAACCCUUGGUAGAAUUAUGAACGUUAUUGGUGAACCAAUCGAUGGUCGUGGUCCAAUCAUUUCUGAUACUUACCUUCCAAUCUGGAGAGAACCACCCAGAUUCGAUGAGCUCGCCCCAUCUGCUUCCAUUCUCGUUACUGGUAUCAAGGUUAUUGAUCUUCUUACCCCAUACGCUAGAGGUGGUAAGAUUGGUCUCUUUGGUGGUGCUGGUGUCGGUAAGACUGUGUUGAUUCAAGAGUUGAUUAAUAACGUUGCCAAGUCUCAUGGUGGUUUCUCUGUUUUCGCUGGUGUCGGAGAACGUACUCGUGAAGGUAACGAUUUGUGGAAUGAAAUGAUUACUGCUGGUGUCAUCAAGUUGGAUGGUGAAGGAUCCAAGGUAUCCCUUGUAUUCGGUCAAAUGAACGAGCCACCAGGUGCCCGUGCUCGUGUCACCCUCACCGGUCUCACUGUUGCCGAGUACUUCCGUGACGUUGAAAACCAAGAUGUGCUCCUUUUCAUUGACAAUAUUUUCCGUUUCACCCAAGCCGGUUCAGAAAUGUCUGCCUUGCUCGGUCGUAUUCCAUCUGCCGUAGGUUACCAACCAACCCUCGCCACAGAUAUGGGUUCUAUGCAAGAACGUAUUACCACCACCAAGAAUGGUUCCAUUACCUCUGUCCAAGCCGUAUACGUACCAGCUGAUGAUCUUACUGAUCCAGCCCCAGCCACAACAUUUGCCCAUCUUGACGCCACCACUGUGCUUUCCCGUGCCGUCUCUGAGUUGGGUAUCUAUCCAGCUGUAGAUCCACUCGACUCUACCUCUCUCAUGCUCGAUCCAAAUAUCAUUGGUCAAGAACAUUACACUGUUGCCACCUCUGUCCAAAAGAUCCUCCAAGAAUACAAGGGUCUCCAAGAUAUUAUUGCCAUUCUUGGUAUGGAUGAUCUUUCUGAAGAACAAAAGACCAUCGUAUACCGUGCCCGUAAGAUUCAAAGAUUCCUUUCUCAACCAUUCGAAGUUGCUGAAGCCUUCACCAACAUGAAGGGUAAGCUCGUCCCACUCAAGGAAACCGUCAGCUCAUUCAAGGGUAUCCUCGAAGGUCAAUAUGAUCAUCUCCCAGAAGCCGCUUUUUACAUGGUUGGUAACAUCGCUGAAGUCGAAGAAAAGGCCAAGAGAUUGCUCGAAGCCGCCGAAGAAGCCGAAUCUGGUGGCAAGAAGACUACCUCAUCUGCCUCUGACGCCUCCCGUGAACUCUUGCGUGACAAGGUCCGUCGUCUCGUCGAAGAAGCCUACAAGGCCAAGAUUGACCAAAUGAACCACUACAAGCUCGAUACCGCCGAACUCGAAUUGAUGAAGAAGGAAUUCGACGAAAACUUUGAGUCUGAAAUCACCGAGAUGGAAAAGAUCCUCGGAAGCAAAUAUGAUGAAUCUGCCUAA